UUUUAUUUUAUUUUUUUUACUCUAUUCUAGGUCAAGGAUCGGGGUCCAGAAGCCACAAGAAGAUUUUUUAAUUGGUUUUAUUGGAGUAUUAAUUUAGGAGCCAUUCUCUCCCUGGGAGGCAUUGCAUACAUUCAGCAGAAUGUGAGCUUUGUUAUUGGCUAUAUCAUCCCCACGGUUUGCAUUGGAAUUUCAUUCAUGGUGUUUCUGUGUGGUCAGAGUUUCUUCAUCACAAAGCCACCUGAUGGAAGUGCCUUCACAGACAUGUUUAAGAUUCUCACGUAUUCUUGUUGUUCACGAAAGAGACUCAGAGAGCAACCACCUAAUAGUGAAAACCAGGGAGUGCUUCAGCAACCUCGUAAACAGAGUCUAUUUGAGAUGGCAAAGACGUCUCGGGGAGGGCCAUUCAGAGAAGAUAAAGUAGAAGACGUGAAAGCCCUUGUCAAGAUUAUCCCUGUCUUUUUGGCUCUGAUUCCUUACUGGACAGUGUAUUUUCAGAUGCAGACUACAUACGUGUUGCAGAGUCUUCAUCUGAAGAUUCCUGAAAUUUCAAAUGCUACCAACCCCAUUCAUACGUUUCCAGCUGCCUGGUUGACUAUGUUUGAUGCAGUGCUCAUUCUGAUUCUAAUACCUGUAAAGGAUAAAUUGGUAGACCCUGUUCUGAAGAGGCAUGGUUUACUCCCAUCAUCCUUGAAGAGGAUUGCAGUUGGAAUGUUCUUUGUGAUGUGUUCGGCAUUUGCAGCUGGAAUUCUAGAAAGCUACAGGCUUAAAAUGGUAAAGGUUAAGACAAUUAAUCAGACUAUCGGAAAUGUUACAUAUCAUGCUGCUGAUUUGCCUGUGUGGUGGCAGGUUCCUCAAUAUGUGCUGAUUGGCUUCAGUGAAAUAUUUGCAAGUAUAGCAGGUCUAGAAUUUGCAUAUUCCGCUGCUCCCAAAUCGAUGCAAAGUGCCAUUAUGGGGCUCUUUUUUUUCUUCUCCGGGAUUGGGUCAUUUGUUGGCUCAGGACUGCUGGCAUUGGUGUCUAUUAAAGCAAUUGGCUGGAUGAGUAAUCAUACAGAUUUUGGUAACAUUAAUGGCUGCUACUUGAACUAUUACUUUUUCCUGCUGGCGGCUAUCCAAGGAGCAACCCUCCUGCUUUUCCUUAUUGUUUCUGUGAAAUAUGACCAUCAAAGAAUGAGGACUAAUGGAGUGACUGCCAAUGGGAGGACCUGACACUAUCUGAAAUAGAAGAGCAGUUUUAGACCAACACACAAUAGACUGGCAGUGCAGUGAGUCCGCAAGAUCUUACUGUUCGCCAGUGGGACUUUUUCCUUUAAAUUUGCAUGUUACAUGAGUUCUCAUUCCCGCCCCUUUCCCAUGUAAUGUAGGUAAGUGCCUUAUGUUGGCGGGGCUCACUUCUUGCACUACGCCCUGCUAUAGGGCAAAUACAAAUCUUGGAAGUGCAUUAACUUUAGGCAUUCAAGGCUCUGUUUAAAAUCUUCAGAUGUUUACUUAAUUCUUACAAGUUGGGACACUUACACUUUGGAAACUGAAUGUGACUAGUCCGAGAUUAAUAAUGGAGUCGUCAUUUAAAGGUCAUGUGUCUUAAUUGAAGAACUUUACUCAAUGAAGGAAGGUGGAUCUGGUAGGAAAAUGUCUUCCACAGGUUCUAGCUUGUGUUGAAGGCACCUGCUUCCACAAAAUUCUCUCUUUCUUUCAGAUCUGGUUAUCCUUUGAAGAGGCUGGCUGAAUUAGUAAGAAAGCAGCUUUUCUGGUUUUUGUAGAAAGGCUAAAAUUUGUAGGUGAAAUUCAGAAUAAAUGGAGACAAACUAAGCUUGGUAGAACUCAUGUGGAUGAAAAGGGACAGAACAUGCCCAUAAUUGGCCUUUCAUUGCAAAUGAUAAAGGUUUAAGUUCAAACGUUAAUUUUCAGUAUUGGAUGGUCUUGACAAAAUUGGAUUGGUGUAGGAUAUAGUAGCUUGUCAAAUAGCUGCUAUGAUUUUUGGCUCAUGUUCAGCAGUUGUUGGGACUGAAUUGGCUUUUGCUCCAGAAAUUGUUUUAUUUAUUUAUUUUUUUUAGAUCAGUGACAAAUCUAUUGGAGCAUUUUAAAAAUGUGUUCUUUGAAUUGGCGACUUCUCCGUCAGUUCUUCGUCAGUUCUCCUUUGUGGGGACUUUAUAUAUUUGAGUAAAGAAGGAAAGAAUUAAGACCUGAAUUUCAUUAGGCCUCUUAGUAGAUGAAUGUGCAAUACUAAUUGGAUGUCUCUUUUUGCCCAGUCUUGGUGUCUAACACAUUUUCUAGCUAAUGCACUGUAGGGCUAAUAUCUUCCAGCAACACAUUCCUGCAGCAGUGUAAAAGUUGCUUUUACUUUUCAGCCUGAUCAACUCUCGAUUGCUCUGCCCUGCUGUAUUUAAGACUACAUGUGCAGAAAGUAUGGAAAGCAAUACUUAGCAAAAAUUUACACAGAAAAAAUGAAAAACCAACAUUUCAUUCAUGUGUUGAACCCCUGGUUUCCUUGGGCAUCUGCAUUUAAACUAUUACAGUGGUCAUUUUUGUACUUAGACUGUUUCUUUAAUGAGUUUACAAAACAAAAUGAAUUGAUGCUGUGACUUGACCCUUUGUUCCUAAGUGAAUAAAAUUACACUGCAGAUA